AUGCCUAUACGCGAUGUCCGGACACGAUGGAACUCGACACAUGCAAUGAUGGGUCGAGCACUUAUUCUCAGAAAGGCAAUCAACCAAUGGGUUUUUGAUGACGACAAGCUUACAGAUCUCUAUCUUCCCCCUUAUGAUUGGGAGGAAGUCGAGAUGAUUCAUGAACUAUUACAGGUACGUCAUUCACUCUGUUGUUACUGGUGGUUUUUUUGA